AUGGCCAACUUUCUCGCCUCCAUCUUCGGUACCGAGCUCGACAAGGUCAACUGCUCCUUCUACUUCAAGAUCGGCGCCUGCCGUCACGGCGACCGCUGCUCGCGAAAGCACGUCAAGCCCAGCUACUCUCAGACCAUCCUCAUGCCCAACCUCUACCAGAACCCGGCAUACGACCCGAAGAACCGCAUGAACCCUUCCCAGCUGCAGAACCACUUUGACGCCUUCUACGAGGACAUUUGGUGCGAGCUCUGCAAGUACGGCGAGCUGGAGGAGCUGGUCGUCUGCGACAACAAUAAUGAUCACCUUAUAGGCAACGUCUACGCCCGCUUCAAGUACGAAGACUCGGCUCAAAAAGCCUGCGACGAUCUUAACUCGCGCUGGUACGCCGCGCGCCCCAUAUACUGCGAGCUGUCACCCGUGACAGACUUCCGCGAGGCCUGUUGCCGUCUGAACUCAGGGGAGGGCUGUGUCCGCGGCGGCUUCUGCAACUUCAUCCACCGCAAGAACCCCUCCGAGGACCUCGACCGCGACCUCACCCUCAGCACCAAGAAGUGGCUCAAGGACCGCGGCCGCGACGAACGCUCCCCCUCCCGCUCGCCCACCCCAGAGCCCACGCGGCGCCGUUACUAG